AUGCAACAAAAAUCCUUAAAAUACGAUAAAAACAAUGACAAUGAAGAAAUCACAACUCACGAGGAAAUUUUCGACUCCGAAGAUGAAAUGAAAAGAUCUCUAUCGCACUUAUGUUACGGUGAUCUUUACGUCCUUGGCAGGCUGUGGAUUGGAGCGCUUAAAAGCGUUCUAGUUGGCGCCAAUAUGAAUAUAUUCCCAGUAGUUGAAGCCGCCAAACCAGACCCAACCCCAAAAUGUCCACCUCCAAUGAAAUACAAAGACCUACCCCUGUACACGAGCCCACAUUACGAGUACAAAGUGUAUCAAGACGAUCAAUUGAAGUGUCCUAAGUAUAACGUGCCAAUUAUGCAGGACUACUUGCUGCCAACAGUGAAAAGCUACCGAUCGGAUACCCAGAAAAGCCUAUGCCAGAUUAAAUGUGGCUUCGCGAACGCCUGGGUGCAAUUGAAGAGCGAAAUGGCGGACCACGAUAGGAAUUUUAAGAGAUUUAUGCGGGACCCCAACAGGCUUGCCAUGAGGCAAGGUAUCGUGGCUUUUGGACUAGUUUCUGGAUAUUAUAUGGCGUCCAAACGCGGUAUACCAAGUCGGAUAGUGGGUACAACACUGGGUGGUCUAUUUGCUGGAGCGAUAUGCUUUCCUAAGGAAACUGACGAGAUCUUCAGAGGCAUGAUAUACAGUGGGGGGAAAUUUGUUAUUGGGAUUUAUAACCAGGUUUUUGGUGGGGAUAUUGCGUUCAGGGAACGGUUAGCGUGCAGAGACGACCUGCCGCCGGUUCCACCACCAAGGAAGCGUACAUGUGUAAAGAAGUAG